CUUGAACCAUAUAAAUUCUUUCAAAAAUAAGAGAAUAAACAACUGGAAUUUAUUUAAAUAGCCUUCUAUCUCAACACCAAACUUGUCAUUGUCACAAUUGGGGAAGAAUUCUAGAGCUUCACUUGAGUCCCUACAACACGGAGUGACAACCUCAAGGUUUAUUAUGCCCUUUUGUUUAAUAAUGAAGAAUUUGUAAGCACUUUUUGCUCUUUUAAUCACCAAAAAGUAAUGGAUAAUAAACCAUCUAUAUCAUAUUGCUAAAGUCCCUAUUUUCAUAAAAAAAUAGUUGAAAAUUUUUAGGAGUCAUAUUCAAAAUUUCUCUUUCGGCAUAAAUGUGCUGGCUGCCAGAAUUCUAUAGCCUACCAAAAUAGUAUGAGUCAUUGGAAAGGAGAGCGCAAACUUGCUCAAUUGAACCUUCAACCAAAGUUGCUAGUGGAUGAAUAUUUAUACCCUUAUGGCAUCUUUGUUUUAAGUUUAAGUGUCAACCAACUUGAGUUAAAGUGAUAUGCCCAAGGACACGGAAGAAAGACCCACAAUUACAAAGAGAGUUUGGAAGCUAGUUAAACUCUAUGUUUAGUUUUUGGAUAUUAAUUUGGCCUUCUUCCAUGACAUCUUAUGCAUCUUUUGAUUCAUAUCGGAGUACCCCCUUCCAGGUUAUUAUGAUCUUCUUCGAUGAUGAAAGAAAUUUUAGAGUGAAGAAGAGUUAAGCUCAAUGCUAUCGGCUUCUCCUUGUAGCCUCUUUUACUCAAAAGUAGUCUAGUUAAAACAAGUUUAUGAAUGAAGUUGUGAGUGUCAACCUCAUGAAGAAACACUUUGAAAUAAUAACAACCUUAUCUUAACUCACAAUUGCUGUAUAAAGAAUGAUAUACUAGUGCCUACUUAGUUAGCUGACAAUCCCAAGCAUCUGUUUAUCUAAGUUAGAUUAUUAAGAAUUCAUCCAUUGCUUUGCUCGAUGUAAAUGUAUUUAAUAUUAUCGAACCAGAGCAUUAGAGUCAACAGACUACUCAAGAUAGCUCGUUUUU